CCCCAGCUCUCCGGGCCGCGCUGCGCAUGCGCGGGCCGCCGGGCGGCUGCAGCUCGCACUUCCGCCGCUGGGGACGUUGCCGCACGGGUGGUGCCGCCGCCGGGGGCGGUUCUCGCUCGGUCCCGCGCCCAGCAGCGUGAUGGCGGCGGCGACCGGGGGAGGCGGGGAGCGGAGCAGCACCCGGGAGCGGCUCCUGGCGGCGCUGGAGGAUCUGGAGCUCUUGGCCAGGGAGCUAAUAGAAAUCUUAGCAAUUUCAAGAAACCAGAAGCUUCCACAAGCAGGAGAGGAGAGCCAGAUCCUGGAACUGCUGAUUCAGAGAGAUGGAGAGUUUCAAGAGCUAAUGAAGCUGGCAGUUGAUCAGGGGAAAAUCCAUCAUGAAAUGCAGCUUUUAGAAAAGGUAGUAGAAAAGAGAGAUAAUGAUAUUCAGCAGCUGCAGAAACAACUGAAAGAAGCGGAGCACAUACUGGCAACAGCUGUUUAUCAAGCAAAGGAAAAGCUGAAAUCAAUUGAAAAGGCAAGAAAAGGUGCCAUUUCCUCUGAAGAAAUAAUCAAAUAUGCCCAUAGGAUCAGUGCUAGCAACGCUGUUUGUGCCCCUUUGACAUGGGUACCAGGGGACCCACGUAGGCCAUAUCCUACAGAUCUGGAAAUGAGGAGUGGUCUCUUGGGUCAGAUGAACAACCCAUCAACCAAUGGAGUCAAUGGUCACUUACCAGGGGAUGCACUUGCAGCGGGCAGACUGCCAGAUGUGCUCGCUCCUCAGUAUCCUUGGCAGUCAAGUGAUAUGUCAAUGAACAUGCUACCUCCUAAUCAUAGUAAUGACUUCAUGUUGGAGCCUCCAGGACACAAUAAGGAGAAUGAAGAUGAUGUAGAAGUUAUGUCAACAGACUCCUCAAGCAGCAGCAGUGACUCAGACUAGGUACAAAAGGGACAGUAUCCUGAGUAGACCUUUCCUGUGGUGAAGGCAGGUUGGAUGCUGUUCGUCACAAUCUGCAAUACCCUUUUAUUAUGCUGGCGGCCCUGUGUAGGGAGAAGAUAACCGCUGGCUCAGAGACAGGGUGACUAAUUAAAAACCAUGGACUUCAGAUUGCUUUUUUUUUUCCACUAGAUGUUCAAGUAAAAUAUCUGGGAGCUUUCUGCUGGAGGAGAGAUGUCAAAUUUCCAGUGAUUAUGUAAAUGAAUGAAUGUGUAUGUUUGCAAGAGACACAUGUAUAUGUAUAUAUAUAUUUACUAUACAUUAGGUGACAAAAGUUCCCGGGAAAGAAGGUGUAAGGGGAAUCCCCUCGUAUGUUUAUUAGUAACUUUACUCUUUUGAUGAUCACCUUUUCUAUGGCUUAGAAAUGAGGCAUGAAUUUGUAAUUUUAAUAUCUUUUUGUUACUGCCUAAAUCCAUGUUCUUGAUCAUCUUGUGUGUGCCGAUAACAAAAAUGUGGCAAUAAGGUGUUACAAUAGUUGCAAACUUUUUUUUAAUAUGUAAUGAAUUUGUCAUAAAUAAACUCAGCUUUGAUGUAA